UCACUGAUUUCUCUAUUCAUUGUUUUUGUUCAUCUCAAAUUCUCUAAACUCUCAUUCACAUAAUUGCUUUCUUUUUUAUUACACACACGAUCACUGAUUUCUCUAUUCAUCUCAAACUCUCUAAACUCUCAUUCUUUGAAUUACAAACCAUGACGUUUAAGUUUUGCAAGCGUAGUCAACCUAAAUCCUCUGUUUCUACUAGCUCUUCUUCGUCAUCCACCAUCGGCGACACUAAAGGGAUGUUGAAAUCACGAUCAGAAGAUAACCUUAACAAGCUUGGGAACUGCAUGGACAACAUGGACGAGGAUGUUUCUAAACUAUUCAUGGAGUUUCAACAAACGGAUUUGCGUGAAGAUCCCGAGUUGUUUCGUCUUCUCAACGGCUACUUCAACACUACCAAAAACGUUUCCCACUUAUGUGAGUCUCUCAGAAUAUGCUUGGAGAGAGGCAAAAACAAGGACGGUCUCUUCAUCGGUGAAGCCUUGUGUGAGGACUUGGAUUAUUGCAUGUUUCUCGAAGAAUUUAAAACGUGCCACGAAGACUUGGCUAAAAUGAUCGUUAAGCUGGAAAAGACAAUGAAACAGAUCGACAAAAAGUUAAAACGUGUUAGAGGAAGAAGAGCCAUUGUUGCGGCUGCCUUGUUAAUUCCCGUGGUUGUUGGAAUCUUCGUUAGCAAAGUUGUGGCUGGGAUCUUCGGGUUGAUUCCUAUCGAGCCAUUGACUUCAUUUGUUUCUUCGAGGUGGAAAAAGGCUACAGAAGCUUUGAAACGAAAGAAGACGGCGAUGAGUUCAAUGGAAAGAGGAACAAUGGUCGCUCUCAAAGAAGUGGAGAAGAUCACUAGACUCGUGACUCGAUUGGAGACCGUCGAGAGAUCGAUUCGGGUCGCAACGGUUCCUAUUAAGAAACGGUCUUUGGUAGCUAUGGGAGAGGUGGAGGAGGAACGAAAGAGUUUGAAGUCAACUCUUGUUGACUUAGACAGAGAGACUGGAUUGUGCGAUGGGUUUGCUCAAUUUGGUCGUACGGUGGCUUUGGAGAAGAUUACAGAGUUUCUUUCUCGUGGCGAGAAGAAGAGCUCGGCCAAAUAG